GGUGGACAGAGCCCCCUAAAGGUGGAGAUGAGUUGGACCACACACCAAGCAGUCCAACUAAGAAAACAUUUGAACACAAACCUACCCGGCAGUUCUUUAUCAAGUGGGCAGAUAUGAGUUACUGGCAUUGUAGUUGGAUCACAGAACUCCAGUUGGACGUUUACCAUCCUGCAAUGUAUCGCAACUACAUUAGAAAGAAUGACAUGGACGAACCACCACCUAUAGAUGAUGGAAGCUCAUAUGGCAAGCGGAAAUCAAAAACAGAGGAUCCUCAUAAUUUAGAAGAGAGAUUUUAUAUUUAUGGUGUACGGCCAGAAUGGUUGAAUAUUCAUCGUAUCAUUAAUCAUAAAUCAUCGAGGAAUGGGACAACUUAUUAUCUGAUAAAGUGGCGCGAUUUGCCUUAUUUGGAGGCCACGUGGGAACCUGAAGAUGAAGAAUUACUGGACAUGCCUGUUGCAAUAGAGUCCUAUUUAGCUCUCAGGAGCCAGAUGGGAGCAGUGGAUGAUGUGGAAGUGCCCACAAAGAAGAAGGGCAAGAAAGGCAAGAAGAAGAAGGCCAAGGUUGUAGUGGAGGAGGAGACUGACACUGAUGCUACACCUGGCAGUAAAGACCCUGUUCCUGGACUUAUACCACAGCAGGAUCUCUCACAUCUGAAGAAACAUUGGCAGUAUGAGAAACAACCUCCUUAUAUAGAUGACACUGGCUGUACUCUGCAUCCGUACCAGCUGGAAGGACUCAACUGGCUCAGAUACUCAUACUCCCAUGGCAUUGACACUAUACUCGCAGAUGAGAUGGGUCUUGGAAAAACUAUUCAGACCAUUACUUUCUUGUACACGCUUUAUAAGGAGGGAUAUUCCAAGGGUCCAUUUCUGAUAAGUGCCCCUCUAUCUACUAUAAUAAACUGGGAGAGAGAGUUUGAGCUAUGGGCCCCUGAUAUGUAUGUGAUCACAUAUGUGGGGGACAAGGACAGCAGAUCUGUCAUAAGGGAACAUGAAUUCUCAUUGGAUGACAAUGCUAUCAGAGGAGGUACAAAGGCGUGUAAGAUGCGGCAGGGUUGUCAAGUUAAGUUCCAUGUACUUUUGACAUCAUAUGAGUUGAUCAGCAUUGACCAAGCUACACUGGGCUCUGUCAACUGGCAGGUUCUUGUAGUCGAUGAGGCCCAUAGGCUGAAGAACAACCAAUCAAAGUUUUUCCGAGUGCUGAAUCAGUACAGACUGGCCUACAAACUGCUUUUGACUGGUACACCUCUACAGAAUAACUUGGAGGAGCUCUUCCAUUUACUUAACUUCCUCACCCCUGAUAAGUUUAAUGACAUGCACCACUUCCUUCAAGAGUUCAACAACAUUGGCAAAGAGGAGCAGGUGAAGAGGCUCCAUGACCUGCUGGGACCUCACUUGCUGAGGAGACUCAAGGCAGAUGUACUCAAGGGCAUGCCUGGGAAGAGUGAAUUCAUUGUACGAGUGGAGCUAUCCCCAAUGCAAAAGAAAUACUACAAGUAUAUUCUAACUCGUAAUUUUGAGGCUCUCAACCACAAUGGAGGAAAUCAGGUGUCAUUGUUGAACAUCAUGAUGGAUCUGAAGAAGUGCUGUAAUCACCCAUACCUUUUCCCUACUGCUUCAGAUGAGGCACCCAAAUUGCCCAAUGGCAUGUACGAGACCAAGGCAUUGAUCAAGUCCAGUGGCAAACUAGAGCUGCUUGCUGCAAUGUGCAAGAAACUCAAAGCAGAAGGUCAUAGGUUGCUUGUCUUCUCACAGAUGACCAAGGUUUUGGAUAUCUUGGAGGAUUUCUUUGAGGGUGAAGGCUACAAGUAUGAGCGUAUAGAUGGCGGUAUAACAGGAUCAAUGAGGCAGGAUGCCAUUGAUAGAUUCAAUGCCCCUGGAGCGCCACAGUUUGCCUUUCUGCUGUCAACAAGGGCUGGAGGUCUUGGGAUAAACCUCGCUACAGCAGACACUGUUGUAAUCUAUGACUCUGAUUGGAAUCCACAUAAUGACAUUCAGGCAUUUAGUAGGGCUCAUCGCAUUGGUCAGUCCAACCGGGUCAUGAUUUACCGAUUUGUGACAAGAAAUAGUGUGGAGGAACGAAUCACCCAGGUUGCAAAAAAGAAAAUGAUGUUGACGCAUUUAGUGGUACGGCCAGGAAUGGGCAGCAAGGGGGCAGCUAUGUCUAAGCAAGAGCUUGAUGAUAUCUUAAAGUUUGGAACAGAGGAGCUCUUCAAAGAUGAGUUAGUACCAGAUGAAAAUAAAGAGGCAAAUAAAGAGAAAAGUGAAGACCAGAAAGAUACUUGGGACAAAGAAAAAGAAAUGAAAGACCUUGAGGCUGAUACAAAUCGUAUUGUCUAUGACGAAUCUGCAAUUUCACGACUUUUGGAUCGCUCCCAAGAUGCGCAGGAGGAGAAGGAGGCAGCGAUGAAUGAAUAUUUCUCAUCAUUUAAAGUUGCCCAAUAUGCAAUGCAAGAGGAAGAUGAAGAAGAUGAGCCAGAAAAAGAGGUGCUCAAACAGGAAGUGGAGCAUGCUGACCCUGCAUACUGGGAGAAACUUCUCCGUCACCAUUAUGAGCAGCAACUUGAGGUCACACGAGGGGCUCUUGGGAAAGGCAAGAGGGUUCGGAAACAGGUGAACUACAAUGACGCGGUAGGUGGCGGUGGAAACAACUGGGAUAACGACAUGUCUGACUUUGACUCAGAUUUCAGUGACAAGGGCACGGAAGAUGACGAUUUUGAUGAAAAACAAGAUGAGUCUAUUGGUGGACGCAGACGGCGUAAAAAUCAAAUGGCAGAAAAGGAUCGUCCUCUUCCGCCUUUGCUUGCCAGAGUGAAUGGUCAAAUAGAGGUACUUGGAUUCAAUGCUCGGCAACGCAAGGCUUUCCUCAAUGCAGUAAUGAGGUAUGGCAUGCCACCUCAGGACGCAUUCAACUCACAAUGGCUGGUACGAGAUCUUCGAGGGAAGUCUGAAAAAGUGUUCAAGGCUUAUGUGUCUCUCUUCAUGCGCCAUCUGUGUGAGCCUGGUGCAGAUAAUUCAGAGACAUUCGCUGAUGGCGUCCCAAGAGAAGGUCUAUCAAGACAACAUGUUCUCACAAGAGUGGGAAUCAUGUCUCUAGUCAGAAAAAAAGUGCAAGAGUUUGAGGCAAUCAAUGGCAGCCACAGCAUGCCAUACCUGACCGCAACUGAGGCAGUAGAGAGAGUGAAGACAUCUGGCGCCACUGGGGGCAAGAAGAGUAAGCCAGGCUCAGCAACACCAUCUGCUGUGCCCUCUCCAGCUCCUGCGACACCCAAGCAAGAGGAGAAAGAGGACCCCAAGGAGACUGGUGAGAAGGCUGAAGAAGUGAAGAAUGAACCUGCAGAAGGAGACGUUGAAAUGAAAGAUGAUUCCAAGAAAGAGGAGGAACAGGCAGAAAACGAAGAAAAAGAUUCCAACAAACAAGAAGAGGAGAAUGUUAAAGAUGGUGACAAGUCUGAGGCGAAACCUGAUGACACUUCAGAGGAAAAGCCUAAAGAUGAACCAAUGGAAACUAAUGAAGAUGAGAAGAAAGAAGAGAGUAAAGGUGAAGAAAAGGAGUCCACUGCACCAAAGGCAGAAGCUGUACCUGAGACAGAUGAUAACAAAGAUAACAAAGACAGUAAAGAAGAAAUUAAGAAAGAAGAAAUUAAAGAAGAAGUCAGUAAAGAAGAAGACUCCAAGAAAGAAGGCGAUAAGAAGGACCUGUCGGAUGUCAAAAAGGAAGAAGUUAAACAGAAAUUCAUGUUUAACAUCGCAGAUGGUGGUUUUACUGAAUUGCACACCCUCUGGCAAAAUGAACAGCGUGCGCUCACUCCAGGUUACGAACAUGAGGUGUGGCAUAGACGUCAUGAUUAUUGGCUGCUGUCAGGAAUAAUACAACACGGCUAUGGUCGAUGGCAGGACAUCCAGAAUGACCUGAGAUUCGCGAUUAUUAAUGAGCCGUUUAAAAAUGAACAGGGCAAAGGAAAUUUCCUGGAAAUCAAGAACAAGUUUCUUGCCAGGAGAUUUAAGUUACUUGAACAAGCCUUGGUGAUUGAAGAACAACUUCGAAGAGCUGCUUACCUGAACAUUGCACAGGACCCUCACCAUCCUGCUAUGGCUCUGAAUGCCCGCUUUGCAGAGCUUGAGUGUCUUGCAGAGUCUCAUCAGCACCUAUCAAAGGAAUCUCUUGCAGGCAAUAAACCAGCGAAUGCAGUCUUACAUAAAGUUUUGAAUCAGCUGGAAGAACUUCUUAGUGAUAUGAAGCAGGAUGUUAGUCGUCUCCCGGCAACCCUGGCUCGCAUCCCACCAGUGGCGCAACGUUUACAGAUGUCCGAACGCAGCAUUCUCAGCCGACUUGCUGCCCCAUCCACUGCCGGCCCAGCUCAAAGUGGAAGUCAGCCCAAUAUAAGUAAUAUAGGAAAUGUUGCCCCAAAUUUUGUGAGCAAGUCAGCCGCCAGUUCUCCUGGACCCCGAGGUGCUCCCACCCCUCCAGUUCCCGUACCUGGGAUGUCUAGUGGCAGGUCUAGUGCAAGGGCAUCCCCACAACCACCCCCUGUAAAACAGCAAGAACCACCAGCUUUAUCAGCUUCGACAUCUGCAGCUGAAGAUUUGUCCAAGAAACCUACAUCUGUAGCUGAAGAUUUGUCUAAGAAACCCACAGCUGCUGCUGAAGAUUUAUCGAGGAAAUCUACAGCUGAAGAUCUCUCUCGAAAACCUACAACUACAAUAUCUGCAUGUACAGCUGCAGAUCAGCCUAUGAACUUAACAAAUGGAAGCUCUGAUAUUAAAUAGCCUUGGGAUAUAUGACCCAGACUUGUAUAUAGCACCAGAAAACAUAGAACAACAUACGUGAAAAUUGACUGGAAUUCAUUUUAAAGUUCACACAUAGAAUGAAAUGGAAUUUUAUUUUAGGGAUAACUUGAGCCUUGAAGUGUUUAAUUUUACAAUGGAAUGUUUUCAGAAUUCUUGUUCUGGUUACUAGGUUAAAAAAGAUUAUUACAAUGUUGCCAUUGGAUUUAAUUUUAGUAUUGUUUCAGUUAAUGAUGGGGUUUACAGGGUGUGGCAUAAACUUGGUUUACGCUUUGGCACUCCUCCCCGCUAUUUGUCUCCAAAUAAGUGUCUUGUAAAAGGACGAUUCUCGGUUUGGAGA